AUGCCGAUGCCGCCGAUGCCAAUGGGGCCGCCGCCUGCAGAACAGAACAUGGACAUGCCCGCGAUGCGCAUGGCCUUCUUCUGGGGCCACCGGGUGCAGGUGCUCUUCUCCAACUGGCCAGGCGACCGUGAUGGGGUCGGCAUGUAUGUCCUUUGUGUCCUAGUCGCGGCUGUGCUCGCUGCUCUCGUCGAGGUGCUCUCGGCAGCGUCCCGUGGCCUCUCCCGUCGCAGCCGUGGCUCCAACGCGUUGGGAGCCCUGCUGAUGACGGGGAUACACGCAGUGAAGAUGGGUCUCUCGUACUUGGUGAUGCUGGCCGUCAUGUCCUUUAACGGCGGGGUCUUCCUAGCCGUCUUGGCUGGCCACGCGGCUGGGUUCUUGCUCUCGCGGGAAGGGAUGAUAGGCCCAGCUGCAACACGUGACGACGUGCCUACGAACGGUGCUCUCCCUCCAUCAGAGCCAAAACCUUAA